AUGAUAAUGGCAGAACGGGCAGCCGAUUGUCUUGCCAAACUCGGUUUGGAUUCUCAACACUCCACCACCAACGGUGUCACCGUACCCGAUGGUAAUACCAACAACAACAACAACAACAACAACAGUGCUAAUGCAUCGUUAAAUGUACCGUUUGGACAUCAUCGAAGAUCAAGAAGUUUACGGGAGCGUACCGGUGCAGACCAACGUUUAGAACGCCUUCCAGGCGGGGCGCUAUUAACACAGAAAGUUAUACCCCACACGGUGAUUGCCGGAUUUAACACUUCAAUCAGUCGCCCUGUUCGGGUAGCAGAUUUCGCCGAGCAUGUACGUAUCAUGUCUGCAGAUUCGGACUUCCGUUUUUCGGAGGAGUACGAUGACUUGAAACUUGUGGGAAACGGUCAACCAUGUAUUGCAGCUGAUCUCACGGUAAAUCGUGCUAAAAAUCGUUUUACCAACAUUCUUCCCUACGAUCAUUCUCGGGUCAAAUUAAUGCCAGCUGAUGAUGAAGAAGGUUCAGACUAUCUGAAUGCUUCUUACAUACCGGGUUACAACUCUCGAAGGGAAUUUAUCGCUGCUCAAGGUCCGUUACCUUCAACUCGCGAUCAUUUUUGGAGAGCUGUUUGGGAGCAACAGUGUCCGGCAAUUGUUGCAUUAACUAAAUGCGUUGAGAAGGGUCGAGAUAAAUGUCACCAGUAUUGGCCUGACAGCGAACAGUUGACGGUUUUGUACGCUGAUAUAGAGGUGACACUAAUGAAUGAAACGGUUUAUGAGGAGUUUAUUAUCCGAGAACUGCAGCUGACCAAUCAAAGAGAGUCAGUGAGUACACCUCGAACGGUCACUCACUUCCACUAUAUGGCAUGGCCGGACUUUGGCGUACCGGAUCAUGCGGUUGGCAUUGUUCAUUUUGUUCGUCUGUUUCGACGUCGUUUGCCUCCAUCACCGGCCAAUAGACCAACAGUUGUGCAUUGCAGCGCUGGGGUUGGCAGAAGCGGAACGUUUAUAGCACUGGAUCGCUCAAUACAAGCAAUGGCAAACGAGAAGCAGGUCGAUGUAUUUGGCGUUGUACACGAAAUGCGUAUGGAACGUUGUCAUAUGGUACAGAAUGAGCAACAGUACAUCUUCAUACAUCAGUGUUUGCUGCAUGUUUUGGAGACUGACUAUCCGCAUUUUGUGAAAUCGUUUCGGACUCCUGAUGCAACUUUAAACAACACCCCUGGUUUUCAAAUGCAGUCUGAAUGGGUUAGUGUACCACGUAUCGAAGUGCAUCAGAAUCCGGCAUUCGAAGAUGAUGAAGGAAUUGCCGAAUCUGGUCUAUAG